AUGACCGAUCUCAGAGAGUAUAUCCGGGAGCGUAGCCGUCUAGAACAAGUGCACGCGGAUAAUCUUUACAAGCUCGCCAUGAGCACAGCCAAAAGUCGGAGGUGGGACCUGGAGAAGGAAUUUGGUUCAUCGUCCAAAUUCUAUAACCCACAAACUACAAAAUCAUUCUUUGAAAUGGUGAAAGAUACAAAGAACGAGGCUGAACGCCACAGAGACACUGCGCAUACACUGUCGCAACCACUGCAGAACUACAUCACGGCACAGUUGAAUGUCUCCAACGGCCGACUACGGAGGUGCACGAACAUUCACCAUAAGAUUCAUGCAAAUAUUGACGAUGUCAUGGACCGAUACGACGAUUCGCGGCGGAUAGCAGACGGCUUGGACGACCAAGUGGUGCUGGCCAGAGAGAAACUGGACAAACUCAAAGACAAACAACGCCAGAAGAAACUUGCCGGGAAGCUUGCUAAAACAGAGGAGUUGAAGUUCAAGAAAGAAAUCGCCGAUGUGCGCUUGGCCAAGUUCAGAGCAGAGAGAAGUCGGAAUGUGUAUAUACUGAACAAGGCCGGCAUGAAUAGCAUGCUAGAGGAGUACUACGCCACCUAUCUCCCGGAUAUUCUGUCUCUGCUAGACGACGGAUACUGCACAACCACAAGCACGGUGAUGUCUCACUACCACGACGCUCUCGAUCACAUGUUUACGGAGUCGCUGACAGGCCUAGAGAAAUUCCACCGAUCAUUCAAUGCAAUCGAUGAGGAAAGAGAACAUGUACAAUUCCUCAAAAAUCCAGUCUUCAUCAUGUCAGAAUUGGCCAAACAAGCAAAGGGUAUUCUACGAUCGUCCGAUGACAUGGCUACCCCGUUGGUUGAGUUUGAUGGCAGCAAACAGCAUCUCUGGAGGGAGCUGAAAGACGCCAAGCAACGCCUGGGUCGGUUUUUGGCCGAAAAGGAAAAGGUCAACGAAACCCUAGCAAUGCUCAGUAAUGCCGGAAAGUCUGUUCCUACGCAAAGCGACAUGGAAUCGGUCGCCAACCAGUGGUUUGACAUGAAGUACCAGUACAUUGUGCUUGUCUGUGACGAGGCUCGGUUGAAGGCCUGGAUUGAGCGCAUAGAUGUGGUGGGUAUUAAGGACGACAGCUUCAAGGAGGGGGAUGCGGAUGUGUACGACUACCGACCCGGAGAGGAGGACGAUUCAGAUGACGAAGUAGAUAGUGCCACACAGCAAAAAGAGACUCCCAAACCACAACCCAUGCAAUCACGCAUAGUCAUCGCAAAUUCCGUUCCGAGUGAUGUGAUGGUGAUGCGAGAGAUUGUGAAGACCGAGGUCACAUUUAAAGAAGCCAUGGAACACCUAAUCGAGUACUUCUACGAGCCCUUAUUAGAGGCCUAUCGAACAGGCCGCGAGUUUUUGACCGAUGAGCAGAUGAACCGCAUUUUCUCGUCUGUCAAGCCACUCAUUAAGUUCAGCGAAAAGCUCAUCGAGAAACUAGAGAACAAUGAAACUGUCGAGGGCGUUGCGGAGGUGUUCACCAAUUUUGAGGAGAGCACAAACCUGUUCGGCAAGUUCGCCUCGACUUUCGAUUGGUCCACUAAGCUUGUAGCCGACAUGUAUAGCAACUCGUCCAGCUUUGCUUAUUGGCUGCGGCAUCAGGAGGAAGACGCGGGGAGUUCUUUUGAGUCGCUGUUUUUAACUCCAAUCCAACGGCUGCCACGAUUUGUUCUGCUGCUCAAGGAGCUUAAGAAACAGUCCAAGAACACCAGCGAACAAGCGGAAGCCAAAUUAGAUAAGGCCAUAGCUGAACUAGAGACCGCCACCACCACCGUCAACAAUCAAGUGCGCGAAGCAGAAAACACGGCCCUGCUCACCAAUAUAGAGGACAGGUGUGCCAAUCUACCACGCACAUUCAAGAUCUCAAAACCGGGGCGGCACCUCGUACUGCAGUGGGAAGCGCGUGUAAUUUUAGGGCCGGAGAAUGUCCUGCGCGGGAAUAUAUGUUUGUUUUCGGAUGUCAUUCUCAUCGCGUCACCCAUAACGGUGUCCGACCAAAUCAAACGGAAAAUAAGCACCACUGGCAGGAAGUCCGGCUCAGAAGAGCGAGUGCCAUACGAGUACGCAUACAAGGCCCAUUUCUACCUACACCACGUGACGACGAGUAUAGUCAACGGCAAAUACAAGACCCCAGAGAUGCAGUGGGUAGAUAACCUGGUCGCCAAAUAUAGCAAGUACUUAUGGGCGGGGAUUUUCAAGGACAGUGCACCACUGUUCUGGUUCGGAAUCAAGGAGCAAGCGUCUGUUUUGAACGAGAAGGUGCUGUCUAUGAACCGGGCCGCUCUGGCUUUCAAAGAGAAUACCUCGGGCGAUGUGAUUAGUUCGCCUGCCGGUCUGCAGAUCAGAACCAGAAGACUCGUAUCUACGCUGCCGAAGCCGUCGCCCAGGCCAAAGUCAUCGCUGGUGGUGGGUGUGUUGAAUCUCAAGAGCACACCGCAGGAGAACACGAAGAACUUGCGUAAGAAAGAUGGAUCGAAAAGUGAGAGCAACUCGCCAGCCUCGUCGCCUAAAGGGCUGUCGGAAUUCGACGUCGACGGGCCGUCAGAAGCGCCGCAUCCGAAGAACCAACGACCUUCCUCACAGAUCUACUCUAGCAGCGUGCAUUCACACAGCAAAGGCUCAGGCGACUAUUACAAACCACCUGGCGAUUCAAUGAAGAGUACACCACAGCAGUCCAAUAGACGACAGGACAAACCGUACCGCCCCGGACAAUUCUCGCGCAACCAGAAGUACUCUCUGUCCUCCGAUGUGCUAACACAUUCCGCGGGCAUGGGGAUGGCUUCAACUUCAAACAAUGCUAGCACUAAUGCGGUGGGGAGUCAUUCGCACGCCCUCGCACGCAGAAAGAGCUCAAUGUCCAACUCACAGUCACAAAUGCCUAUGCCCGGCAACGGUGCCAGUGGAGGGCAAGGCGGGGGCGGGUUGACAUCGAACAAUGCCAACAACAUCCCGUACAAUAUGAGAAGUCCCGCUCCCAAUCGGCUGAGUAAGCAAGGCAUGGGUAUGGGCAUGAGCAGUCCUAAUCUACAGCAUACCAUGAGAGAUAUGGGUGUCGGCGACGCGAAGGGGAAGCAAUCAUCACGAGACAGGGCUAGCAGCACGAGCUCGGGAAAUGGGGCGAGGGAUAAUGGAGGAAUAAAUAACAUUCCCACAUCAAACCUCGUGGCCAUGUCGCCUCACAUACAUUCGCGAGAUGUCAAGCAAGCCAUUGCGCAUUUCAAUCAGUACACAUCUGCCACUGCGUACGCGGGAGGGGAGGGAGGGGGCGGCAGUAGGGGCUCGGGUCUCCAGAGCAAUAUCCCUAUCAACCCUGGUAAUAACAACAACCCGUUUGAACCGGCUAAUUCAACGGGCAGUAACAUGAAUGAUCUCAACAACAGGACAGGGAACGCUGCAAGUAGAGUGGGCUCGGGGGAGGGCCAUUCGGACGGGGGUUACUUUAGUAGUCACGGCCAAAGUAAACCUAUAAAUUUGGCUCGCAGGCGUACGUUAUCCGGGAAUCAACAAUCCCAGCCGCAACGGAGAUCGUACGUACCCCCCUUGGGCAUGGCCGAGAAUCAGCAGCAGCACAUGGCCCCGUCGCAAACGCAUCAGAAUUUAGUUAUGGAAGUACAACAACACAUUGUUGGCAAGACCGCGAGCGCGGACGACAGUAACCGGUAAAUAGGGCCUAGAGCCGCACCCUCUGCGCAUCUAAAACCACAACACCUCAAAAUAUUAAACUCCUAAAUUAUAUAUCGCA